GUCAAAAAUACGAAAGAACAGGGAGACCAAAAACCUUUUACCAAAUAGAAACACUUGAACAAGUGUGAAGUCCUCUUCUCUUUCAGAUUCAAGUGUUCAAUCAAAGUAUCAAUUUUUGCUCUCUCUCUCUCUCUCUUACAAAACAUAACUCAGAACUACUCUUCCAGAUUCCUCAAAGACAAUGUCUUUUAUCUAAAUCUGCCACUUUCCCUCUCUAAAGACUCCUUUUUCCUACUUUCAGAUCAUUUUCGAUUUGACUUCCCCAAUUUUGUGCUUAAAACCACACAAAUUUCAAUCUUUUACUUGGCUUCAAGAUCAUUUCUUGCUGAAUCUUGUAAGCUCCCAAAUCAUAGCAGUAACAGGAUUUAUCAGCUUGAUCACGCUUGUUAUAGCGGCUUGAUUUGUGGGUAGUUAAUUAUUUGUUUAUUACUUGUGGAUUUAGAGCAAAACCCAUGUUAGAAUAUGUUGGGAAAUGAGGUUUGGAUUUAAGAAAUGGGGUGUGUUUUAGGAAGAGAGGUAUCUUCAGGGAUUGUUUCAGAGUCUAGAGAGAGUAAAAAUGCUAGCUGUGAAUCCAAUAGAAAAGUAGAAAAUGUUACAGUUUCAAAGAUUGAAGUUAGUGUUGUAGAGGUUGAAAAUGAAGGUACACAAAAGGAGGAAAAAGCUGAUGAGGAAAGAAAACAAAGGGGGGAAAGGAGAAGGUCAAAGCCGAACCCCCGGUUGAGUAACCUACCAAAGCAUUUGCGUGGAGAGCAGGUGGCAGCUGGAUGGCCUAAGUGGCUUUCGGAUGCCUGUGGGGAGGCGCUUAAUGGGUGGAUUCCACGGAAGGCUGACACAUUUGAGAAGAUUGAUAAGAUUGGCUCAGGAACAUAUAGCAAUGUGUACAAAGCUAAAGAUACAUUAACAGGUAAAAUUGUUGCUCUAAAGAAGGUUCGGUUUGAUAAUCUGGAACCUGAGAGUGUGAAAUUUAUGGCUAGAGAGAUUCUCAUAUUGCGGAGGUUAGAUCAUCCCAAUAUUGUAAAAUUGGAAGGUUUAGUUACUUCAAGGAUGUCUUGUAGUUUGUAUUUGGUAUUUCAGUACAUGGAGCAUGAUUUGGCUGGGCUUGCAGCAAGCCCAAUAGUAAAGUUCACAGAGCCACAGGUUAAAUGUUACAUGCAUCAACUACUAUCUGGCCUUGAGCACUGUCACAACCACGGAGUGCUUCACCGUGAUAUUAAGGGUUCAAAUCUUCUUAUUGAUGAUGGAGGAGCACUUAAGAUUGCAGAUUUUGGACUGGCUACAUUCUUCGAUCCAAACCGCAAGCAUCCCAUGACUAGUCGGGUGGUUACUCUGUGGUAUCGAGCCCCUGAACUUCUUCUUGGGGCUACAGAUUAUGGUGUUGGUGUGGACCUUUGGAGUGCAGGAUGCAUUUUAGCUGAGCUCUUGGCUGGGAAGCCCAUUAUGCCUGGUCGAACUGAGGUAGAGCAACUACAUAAAAUAUACAAGUUAUGUGGUUCACCAUCAGAUGAAUACUGGAAAAAAUCAAAGUUGCCAAAUGCAACCUUAUUUAAGCCUCGAGAGCCUUAUAAAAGAUGCAUAAAAGAGACAUUUAAAGAUUUCCCACCAUCAUCGCUGCCCCUUAUUGACAAACUACUUGCAAUUGAUCCAGCAGAACGUCAGACUGCCACUGCCGCAUUAAGAAGUGAAUUCUUCACAACAGAACCUUAUGCUUGUGAACCUUCUAGCCUCCCAAAAUAUCCGCCCAGUAAAGAGAUGGAUGCAAAACGACGAGAUGAUGAAGCUCGGAGGCUCAGAGCUGCUAGUAAAACCCAGGGUGAUUGUGCAAGGAAGACACGGACGCGUGAUCGUGCAAGGGCAAUUCGAGCUCCAGAAGCUAAUGCUGAGCUUCAGUCUAAUGUUGAUAGAAGGCGCUUAAUAACCCAUGCAAAUGCUAAGAGCAAGAGUGAAAAGUUCCCCCCACCACACCAGGAUGGAGCACUCGGCUUUCCAUUAGGAGCGUCACAUCACAUUGAUCCUGCAUUUGUUCCUCCUGAUGUCCCCUUCAGCUCUACAGCAUUCACAUAUUCAAAAGAACCAAUUCAAACUUGGUCUGGUCCAUUGAUCGACUCUGCCAACACAGGUGCUCCAAGGCGAAAGAAGCAUGUUACAGGCGAUUCACACGAACCAGCUAAACCUCCAACAGGAUCCCUAAAAGACAAAAGUGGUGACACCCGGGUUAAAGGAAAGAAAAUCAUACUUUAAACUCCUAGUGCAUACAUAAGUAAGAUAUUUAUGACAGUGUCGCGGUGUCCUACUGCUACUCAAAUGCAAGUAUAUUUAAUAGGUUCUUGUUUGUUUUCUCAUAGAAUCAUGUAUUGUUUUGUAAAAAAAAAAAAAGAAUUCAAAGGCUGAAAUCAAAUUUUCAAUAUUUUUUUCCUUUACCUUUUUUAUUCUUUUUACUCCCAAAGAAGCUCUCUAAUUUGUUGGGACCUUGAGGAUAAGUUUCCACUGUUAUAUAUAUAUAUAUAUAUAUAUAUAUAUAUAUCUUUGUUUUUGAGUUCUUAAAGUUGUGUUCCAAGUUGUACACUGUUUACGUUUAAAAUUAUAAGGUUUUUUUUUAUAUUUUAGGUUGUCGGGAUUUAUUUAAAUUUUGAUCAUUGGAAUUACUAGUCGAGCACUCUGCCAGCAGUUCACGUGGUUAUCGACUACAAGUUACUUGUUCCUUUCUGUUCAUUACAGUCAAUUCUUUUUUAGUUACAAAAAUUGUCAUUUUCUUACUGGUGUUUGUUUACAGUGAAUUCAAACUAGUGGAAAAUGAUGUUACAUUCAUGUUUUUCCUGUAAAUGAUAAUGUGAGAUUUCCAUUUUGUUUUUCCAGAGCUUACUGAUGUAAUGGUGAAUGAAUGUU